AUAAAAAAAAUAGUCAAGUAAAUAUUUUUUGUAUCGCCUAUUAUUUAAUGUAAAUUAAUGUUUAAUGCUUAUUUCUGUACAUAUACGUUUAGAAUAAAUUAUGUGUGAUCUGCCUUAGUUAUUUUGUGGUGUGUGUAGUGUUUACUUUUCGUGUAUUGUGCUGGUAAAAAAAUUAUAAUCAUGUCUAAAGACAAAUGCUGCGUGGGAGGAUGCAGUAACGUCCCACCAUAUUUUAAGUUCCCUACCAGUCGGGUGAUAUUCCGCAAAUGGCUGUCAGCAUUAGGCACGCGAUGCAAGAUCAAACUGGCGGACCAUCACGCGGUGAUUUCGUCAUCAGGAGGCCUGAGCAUCUGCAGCCGUCACUUCCUGGACGAAGAAUGGGAGUGCGUGAGAGGCCGCGUGAGGCUCAAGCGAGCCGUCGUGCCCAGCCUCUUUGAUGACGUUGAAAAAGAAGACAACAAAUCCCCAGACCUGACAGAAGCCGUGCCAAAUAUAGACAAAAACCAUGAAGACAAAGAAAAAUCAAAAGAAAACGAAAAUACACAGAAAGAUACGAUUGACCCGACAAAAGAUAAAGAUCCAAAUAAAGAAGGAAAUGAUUCUGAAGAAGAGAAAAGUGAUAAAGAAAAAGAUAAAGAAGUAACAUCCCUAUUGUCAAAUGGUUCAGAUGAGAGAGUUCAAGAUAGUAAGGAAAAAGAAGUAAGAAGUAGCAAGAGUGUAAAUAGCAGGACAAGCAGUGAUAAAUGUAAGGAAAGCACGCCCAAACUGCCAUCCGGGCCCAGGGACAUAGACAAGGACAAAGUAGAAGACAUAGAAGACCUGCUCACGUACUACCACAUCAAACAGAACAACAUCCACCAGACGGAUGACGUCACCGCCCGGAACGGAACCGCCGAGGACCGGGACGGAACCGGUUCUAACCGGAACGGAACCGGUUCUAACCGGAACGGAACCGGUACUAACCGGAAUGGAACUGGAAUGAACCGGGAGACUGAAGUCGAGCAGAUUGAAAUUGAAGUCGAACCGAUACAAGCAGAGUCGGAUCCGGUGUUUAUAGAGAUAUCGGUGGAUAAAGAUCGCCCAGCCGGCGGGGACACAGGCGACUGCCUAAUGGUGCUGGAAAGCGUGCAAGUGGACAUAGAUCCCAGCGCGUUGCUGCCCGACCCAGACGCGCCCGUUGAAGAUGAUGCUAUGGACGCCAUGGAGCCCAUGGAAACUGUGGAGAUUGAUGACGCCCCUAGCGAGUGA